GCAGGAAUUUCGCUUCUGUGACUCUCUCAGACGCUGGACUCGGGUGCAAUGGUGCGGGAUAGGGGCCUGGAACUGGGGCAGAAGCUUCGGAGAUGCUUUUCUCGCGGUGACACGGAGGCGUUCUAUGCACCACUGGCAUCCACAGACUCAAGUGCCGAGCUGGAGCUUGGUUCUGCAAUCGAAGAAAGAAAGUCCUCAGUCAAGCCGACGUACGGUGGUGCUGGGAAGCAUCAUCAGGUCCGGAGGCGAUAUACUCAGCGGCUCCCCUUCCGACGCAUCUUUACGCGAAACGUCAGCUUCACACUUGUUGCAAACUUUUUCCUUGCGUUUCACGUGGGUACCUUCAACUCGCUGUGGUUCGUCUUCCUUACCACCCCCGUGUACGACCCAACCAAAACCGCAGCCUCUCCGAAUGCGUUGGUGCGGAAUCCCCCAUUCAUCUUUACCGGGGGCUUAAGCCUACAACCCCGUGAAGUGAGUACGGCCAUGGCUAUUCUCAAUGUAAUCGGAAUCGGCCUUCAGCUCGGACUUUACCCGUGCCUUUCUGCACGGUUGGUGCCAUACCUAAGCUUGGUGCCGAGCUCUUCGCCGCCGUCAACUCUAAAGGACGGCAUUGCAGUUUGGGUGGCCAUGGCCGGAGUGCUCGCCCUUCAGGUCGCCGGACGUACGUUUGUGUUGCCAGCGCAGACCAUUCUAGUCAACAACUGCACUCCGCAUCCUGGUGUGCUGGGUACGGUACACGGCAUCGGGCAGAGCGUUAGCAGUUUUGCCAGAACCUUGGGGCCCAUGCUUUGUGGCUUCUUGUAAGGCCUUGGCCUAAAUAUGGAUAUUGUUGGUGCAGCAUGGUGGGGUUUGAGCGCGUAGCUUUACAUACUCGGAUUCCUGGCCAGCUUAUCAGUGUGGGAAGGUGAUGGACAUGAGAUAUGGUGAGAGGGUGACACCGAGGAUGACAUGUAGCAUACGAGUGCGCAAUUUUAGAGCUAGAUGCUCAACGCAGCGUAUCGUGGGCAUCUUGAUUAUCCUACAAGUUGCGGUUAGCAGUGUACUUUUUGAAUCCUGUCCUUGUCUGUCUUUUCCUUGGAAGGGACUUACUCGUAGCUGGUCGAAAGGGAACAUUAGUAU